GGUCCCUUCGGCGGGGGAAUUAUUUGACGCCACCGCCCCUGGCAGUCGGAAGUUGCUUGAACGGAGCCCAGCCGGCCGGCCAAGAGACCGGUCUUCGUCGUCCCCCGGGCGCCCCGUGAGAGUCACCGACGGGUGGACGGACUGACCGCCGGAGGAGGGCCGGCCUGGGCGGUGGCAGCGCGGGCCCGAUGGCGCGGGUCGCGUGAGGCGGCAGGCCGAGUGCGGCCCGCGGUGCGCCCGCCCAGCGAUGCGGGCCCCGCCCGUCGCCUCAGGUGCCGUUUGGAUAGUACUUUAGUGGCACAAUGUACUCUGAGUGGCGGUCACUGCAUUUGGUGAUUCAGAAUGAUCAAGGCCAUACCAGUGUGCUACACAGCUAUCCAGAGAGUGUUGGGAGAGAGGUGGCCAAUGCAGUGGUCCGUCCUCUGGGGCAGGCAUUAGGUACCUCUUCAGCGGCUGGUAGUGAGAGUUUGUUAAAAACUGACAAAGAAGUAAAAUGGACCAUGGAAGUAAUUUGCUAUGGACUGACCCUUCCAUUGGAUGGAGAGACUGUAAAAUAUUGUGUUGAUGUAUAUACAGAUUGGAUUAUGGCUUUGGUAUUGCCGAAAGAUUCUAUUCCAUUACCAGUUACUAAAGAGCCUAAUCUAUAUGUUCAAAGUAUAUUAAAACACCUACAAAAUCUUUUUGUACCAAGACAGGAACAGGGCUCCAGUCAGAUCCGACUAUGCUUACAGGUUCUGAGAGCCAUUCAGAAACUGGCCCGUGAGUCAUCCAUCAUGGCUCGAGAAACCUGGGAAGUCUUACUGUUGUUUCUUCUGCAAAUUAAUGACAUACUUCUGGCCCCACCAACUGUUCAAGGGGCAGCUUUAAGCACCUGGAGCAUUUUGUUGCAAACUUUGGAGUCAGAAGACCUUGGUGGCAUUGCUGAGAAUCUAGCAGAGAAGCUGAUUGGUGUUCUCUUUGAAGUUUGGUUACUAGCUUGCACCCGGUGCUUCCCAACACCUCCUUAUUGGAAGACAGCCAAGGAGAUGGUGGCUAACUGGAGGCACCACCCUGCAGUGGUGGAGCAGUGGAGCAAGGUCAUCUGUGCACUUACUUCCAGAUUGCUCCGCUUUACAUACGGCCCUUCAUUUCCUCCGUUUAAAGUUCCUGAUGAAGAUGCCAAUCUGAUCCCUCCAGAAAUGGACAAUGAGUGUGUUGCACAAACAUGGUUUCGAUUUUUGCACAUGUUAAGUAAUCCUGUGGAUCUGAGUAACCCAGCCAUUAUAAGCUCAACCCCCAAGUUUCAGGAACAGUUCCUGAGUGUGAGUGGGAUGCCGCAGGAGCUGAGCCAGUACCCAUGCCUUAAACAUCUGCCUCAGAUAUUCUUUCGUGCCAUGCGCGGAAUCAGCUGUCUGGUGGAUGCAUUCUUAGGCAUUUCUCGACCGAGAUCAGACAGCGCUCCCCCAACACCUGUGAAUAGAUUAAGUAUGCCUCAGAGCACUGCUGUGAAUACCACACCACCACAUAACCGCAGGCACCGGGCUGUUACUGUGAACAAGGCCACCAUGAAGACGACUGCAGUUACUACUGUUCACACUUCAAAAGUCCAGCACCAGGCAUCCUCCACUUCUCCUCUGUCAAGUCCAAAUCAGACUAGUUCAGAACCCAGGCCGCUGCCUGCCCCUCGGAGACCAAAAGUUAACAGCAUCUUGAAUCUCUUUGGAUCGUGGUUAUUCGAUGCAGCAUUUGUUCACUGCAAACUCCAUAAUGGAAUAAACAGAGACAGCAGCAUGACUGCAUCUUUUAUCCAAAUUCUUCUUUCUUAUAAAUCUUCCAUUGCAACACAAGCUAGCAUGGAGUUUCGACGAAAAGGGUCCCAAAUGUCCACAGACACCAUGGUUUCCAAUCCUGUGUUUGAUGCAAGUGAAUUUCCUGAUAACUAUGAAGCAGGAAGAGCUGAGGCUUGUGGGACAUUAUGUAGAAUUUUUUGUAGCAAGAAGACUGGAGAAGAGAUUCUGCCAGCUUAUUUAUCCAGAUUUUACAUGCUUUUAAUUCAAGGUUUGCAGAUAAAUGAUUAUGUGUGCCAUCCUGUCUUGGCCAGCGUUAUUCUAAACUCCCCUCCUUUGUUCUGCUGUGACUUGAAAGGGAUUGAUGUUGUGGUUCCUUACUUUAUUUCAGCUCUUGAAACCAUUUUGCCUGACAGAGAACUCUCAAAAUUCAAAAGCUAUGUAAAUCCAACAGAAUUGAGAAGAUCCUCCAUUAAUAUCCUGCUUUCUUUGUUGCCCCUUCCUCACCAUUUUGGCACAGUCAGAUCUGAGGUGGUCCUAGAAGGAAAGUUUAGUAAUGAUGACAGCUCUUCUUAUGAUAAACCAAUAACUUUUCUGUCCUUGAAGUUGAGACUUGUGAAUAUACUAAUAGGUGCCUUGCAAACAGAAACGGACCCUAACAACACCCAAAUGAUACUAGGAGCAAUGUUAAAUAUUGUUCAGGAUUCUGCACUUUUAGAAGCCAUUGGUUGCCAAAUGGAGAUGGGUGGUGGAGAAAACAACCUGAAGAGUCAUAGUCGCACUAAUAGUGGCAUUAGUUCAGCAAGUGGAGGAAGCACAGAACCUACGACGCCUGAUAGUGAGAGGCCUGCUCAGGCUCUCCUAAGGGAUUACGGAUCCACAGCUCUUAAUACAGAUUCAGCUGCUGGGCUCCUGAUUCGCAGCAUUCAUCUCGUCACCCAAAGACUCAACUCUCAGUGGCGGCAAGACAUGAGCAUAUCCCUGGCGGCUCUAGAACUCCUCUCUGGCCUGGCAAAGGUGAAGGUGAUGGUUGACUUGGGAGACCGAAAGCGUGCCAUCAGUUCUGUGUGCAGUUAUAUUGUAUACCAGUGCAGUCGGCCAGCUCCUCUUCACUCCCGGGAUCUGCACUCCAUGAUAGUGGCAGCAUUUCAGUGUCUCUGUGUCUGGCUGACAGAGCACCCUGACAUGCUGGAUGAAAAGGAUUGCCUUAAGGAAGUACUGGAGAUUGUAGAACUGGGUAUCUCAGGAAGCAAGUCCAAGAACAGUGAGCAAGAGGUCAAGUACAAAGGCGAUAAAGAGCCAAACCCUGCAUCUAUGAGGGUAAAGGAUGCUGCAGAAGCCACUUUAACAUGUAUCAUGCAGUUGCUUGGCGCAUUUCCUUCACCCAGUGGUCCUGCCUCUCCUUGUAGUCUGGUGAAUGAGACCACUCUGAUCAAAUACUCCAGGCUGCCAACCAUAAACAAGCAUAGUUUCCGGUACUUUGUCUUGGAUAACAGUGUCAUCCUGGCAAUGCUGGAGCAACCGCUUGGAAAUGAGCAGAAUGAUUUUUUCCCCUCUGUCACUGUGCUGGUUCGGGGAAUGUCGGGAAGACUUGCUUGGGCUCAGCAGCUUUGCCUUUUACCCAGAGGAGCAAAAGCAAAUCAGAAGCUUUUUGUGCCAGAACCUCGUCCAGUUCCUAAAAAUGAUGUUGGAUUUAAAUAUUCUGUGAAACAUCGACCAUUUCCUGAAGAGGUGGACAAGAUUCCUUUUGUAAAAGCAGAUUUGAGCAUUCCAGAUUUACAUGAAAUUGUCACCGAAGAAUUAGAAGAGAGGCAUGAAAAAUUAAGAAGUGGUAUGGCCCAGCAGAUUGCUUAUGAAAUACACCUGGAACAGCAGAGCGAGGGAGAAUUGCAGAAGAGAAGCUUCCCUGACCCGGUUACGGAUUGUAAGCCUCCACCUCCUGCCCAGGAAUUCCAGACAGCCCGCCUUUUCCUUUCUCACUUUGGAUUUUUGUCCUUAGAGGCAUUAAAGGAACCUGCAAAUAGUCGUCUACCUCCUCACCUCAUUGCACUCGAUUCUACCAUACCUGGGUUUUUUGAUGACAUUGGGUAUCUGGAUCUCUUGCCAUGUCGUCCUUUUGACACAGUUUUUAUUUUCUACAUGAAACCAGGUCAGAAAACAAACCAAGAGAUUUUAAAGAAUGUGGAGUCUUCCAGAAAUGUUCAGCCACAUUUCCUAGAAUUUUUGCUCUCCCUUGGUUGGUCAGUAGAUGUGGGCAGACACCCUGGAUGGACAGGACACGUGUCUACUAGUUGGUCAAUCAAUAGUUGUGAUGAUGGCGAAGUGUCUGAACAAGAUGAAGUAACUUCCUCUGAAGACACUGGGGCUAGCAUUUUCAAUGGGCAGAAGAAGGUGCUGUACUAUGCUGACGCCCUGACGGAGAUAGCUUUUGUGGUUCCUUCUCCUGUGGAGUCCUUAACUGAUUCUUUGGAAAGUAAUAUCUCAGACCAAGAUAGUGACUCAAAUAUGGAUCUUAUGCCUGGAAUUCUGAAGCAGCCACCCCUGACACUUGAGCUGGUCCCCAAUCACACAGACAGUCUUAAUUCCUCACAGAGGCUCAGUCCCAGUUCCAGAAUGAAGAAGCUGCCUCAGGGUCGUCCUGUGCCUCCCCUUGGACCUGAGACAAGAGUGUCUGUAGUCUGGGUGGAACGCUAUGAUGAUAUAGAAAACUUUCCCCUCUCAGAUCUGAUGACAGAGAUCAGCACUGGUGUGGAAACUACUGCAAAUAGUAGCACUUCUCUGAGAUCUACAACUCUUGAAAAAGAAGUCCCAGUAAUCUUCAUCCAUCCUUUAAACACUGGAUUGUUCCGGAUAAAAAUCCAAGGAGCCACUGGAAAAUUUAACAUGGUCAUCCCCCUUGUUGAUGGGAUGAUAGUCAGUCGGCGAGCACUAGGCUUUCUGGUGCGGCAGACUGUAAUCAACAUUUGUAGAAGAAAGAGACUGGAGAGCGAUUCCUACAGUCCACCACAUGUCCGUCGGAAACAGAAAAUCACUGACAUUGUCAACAAGUACCGGAAUAAGCAGUUGGAGCCAGAGUUUUAUACUGCCCUUUUCCAGGAGGUCGGACUGAAAAACUGCAGUUCUUAGAGCACAGUUUGUCCAGGGCAGUGGACUGCAGUAUGGGCUCUGACAUCAAAGCAAGACAGUUGUGAAAAAUAAAGGAAUCACUCCCAAGAACUCACUGUUGAAUCACCAGAAGAAACACGAUGUGAAGCCACUGGCUGGAGGAGCGCCAGCUUUCUGAUGAAUGGACCUCACACGUCACACUCCUGCUGAAAAUGACAACAAGCAUUUUAGCCAUAAACUUUCUUUUAAAGUGACAGUUUUAGUAAAAUACAAGCCUUUUGAGGAUAAAGGCUUUUAUGCAUCAGUUACAUACGUGCAUUGGUAGUGUCAACAGGCUUACAAGUUAGGAGCUGAAGAUAGUUUAUACCUCGCUUUUUAGGAGGGUGUAUUCAAAAUUAAAAUCAGUCUCAGAAUCUUCUAGAACUUUUGAAGGCUCAGUUGACACCGUGAAGGAAAGAGGCUGCAGCUUUGUCCUCACAUUUUGAUCCAUUUGUCGCCUGUCACACUGACAGGGUAAAACAUAAAUGAGUUUUGCUCAGAUAAGUCUGACAUUAAAAUAUCUCCUAUUUUCUCUCCAUA